CGAAAAAAGCGCGUGCAUUUUCUCGCUGCUAGCUCGGUGAAAUUUCAUUUUUCGGAGGACAAUUGAAACGCUUCACAUUUUUUAUUUAUAAUACCAAUAAGUGCAUAUUAACAAAAAUAUUUGUUUAUAAACGAGGGUGAAUAAGUUACAAUUGCAUUAGCAUAUCCGUUUAACCUUGAAAUAUCUAAGAAAUAGCCGAAAACUGAAAGGGGUAAACGACAACAACAACUGUACACGCAAAGUCAAACGAAGGAAGAAUUCGGUUUUUCCUCGCCAGUGGAAUAGUUUUGUAAGGUUAGGGACAGAUUUGUGUUAAAAUAUCGAAAAAUAUUGGCAUUAAAUGCCGCCCAACAACAUAGAGCCUGUCGAGCAUCCGCAAAGUGAUGCGGAAAUGCGUGAUGAAGAAGAUAUUCAGCCCACAUCCGCCGCAGAGGCAGAAACACCCACAGAAGAUUCGACGCAGCAACAUUCGAAUGGGAGUGAAGGUGGUAGUAAUGCAGAUGAGGGUCAACCAUCAACUGAGGCAAGUGCAGAUACAGAUACCGAGAUGAAUGGUGCCGUAGAAGAGGGCUCCAGUAGCUCCGUCGCAGCCAAUGUGGAGGGCGAGAAUGGUGCGGCAGCGGGUAAUGAGGUGGCGGGCGAUAAUGAAGAGGCAGGUGAUGAAGUAGCUGCCGUUGCUGCUGAUGCUGAUCCAUUUUAUGGAUUCGAAGAUGAGGAGCCAAAUUUUGAUAGCAAAGACAUGGCACAAGUAUUGCAGAUUUGGGAGGCGCAUCAUACACGUUCCGGAUACGACCCAGUGCCAGUGCUGAAAAGGUUGGCAGAAAUUUUUGAAAAAGAAAAGGAAACUUACAUGCGCAAAGACCACGACCCCUUUGAGGACCGCCAUCCAUAUCGGACGGAUCCUAAGUGCCAAUUUGGUGUAUUGCUGAAGCAACUAUUCCGUAAAGAUGUAUUCAUGAAUAAGCUUGUAAAUGAUUAUUUGCGAGAUAAUUUCUUCACCCGUCAAAAUAUACAAAAAAGUUCCUUAGAGUUAAAUAUUCUGGCUUGUCGCUUAAUACUGGUUAUUGCACCUGGUUUGGAAACAUCAGCCGUCUUCCAAGGGGAAUUCGAACAUCUUAUUCAUAGAAUUUUUGGUUGGGCCGAAGAUAGUAUUGAACCUUUGCAAAGUUAUGCAACCGGUUUGCUGGGAGCCGCAAUGGAAGUAACCGAAAUAGCGGUGUCAUUUAAGGAACACAAUACCCGCCUCAUACCAAAGGUUCUAAAGCGUUUACAUAUGUUACAAGCCUUUUAUAAACCUGGCACUGAGUGUGGUCAAUCCUUGGCUGCUCAGCUUCCAACGGAGCCAAAUUCAGCGAAUAAUUCAUUUGAACAACUUCUCCCUCCUUGGAUAACCAAUGACGUGGCAUCUUUAUCGUCACCGCAAGCAGAUGAUCAAGCGAAGGCAACCACGUCAGCAGAAGCAUCGGCUUCGCAAAACUUUAAGAAUACCCUAGACACUCACUGCUCAAACUCUAACAUGUCCACACUAUUGGAAAAUAGUCGUGAUGCUUUCCCUCAGGGAAGUGGUUCCCGUUACUACAAAAAAAUUUAUAUUCCAUUGCAUCCACCCACUGCUGAAUCCAGUCAAGCACUAAUGCUGCGGUAUGUCACUGCAUUGGGCAAUCAUCAAGAUUAUUUGGGCUUAGUUUUUGAACAUCGCGCAAUGCAGUUUGUGUUUGGAUAUUUGAAGAAUUUGGAUAGACGAGAUAGUUGUUUGGCAUUUGAGGCUCUAAAAUAUCUCGCUUCACUACUUUGUCACAAGAAGUUCGCACUGGAAUUCAUUGCGCAUGGCGGAUUGGAGUUGCUACUAAAAGUACCACGUCCAAGCAUCGCUGCCACUGGCGUGUCGAUAACACUAUAUUACCUCGCCUAUUGUGAAGAAGCUAUGGAACGCAUAUGUAGCAUGCCCAGAAAUGUAAUCGUAGACUUGGUGCAUUACGCACUGUGGUUAAUGGAAAGGUCGUAUGAUUCCGGUGUUUGUCAUGCGACCAUGUUUUUCGGACUCAGUUUUCAAUUCAAAGUAAUUUUGGACGAAUUUGAUUCCCAAGACGGUCUUCGCAAGCUAUACAAUGUUAUAUCCAUUCUUAAAAUUUUGAAUCCAUCCAAUAACGAUGACGAUGAGAAUCCGGUCAAUGACGAUUUGGAGUGCGCUUCGAGACAACUCGUGCGGCAUGUGUGUGUCGCACUUAAACGCUAUAUGGAGAGCCAUCUUUUCUACAAAUAUAACAACUUCAUGCGCCAGCAGUGUUCGCUAUUAACUGAAUUCUCCCAAAAUAUUGUCACCAAAGCGGCAAAGGCCUCCUUGGAACAGAUCAGCGAGCAAGUGCGAACAUUGCAGGAGCAUACGUCAGUGCGCGCUCACUGGGCACCUGUGGACAAACUAUUGAAAGUGAGCGGCAUUACCCUGCUUCUGAAAAUUAUAGCUCUUUCCUAUGAUUGGAAUAACAGUGUUCGAUCCGAAAUAGUGCGUUCGGCAUUGGAUGUUCUAUCCAUUUGCUGUGUUAUACCGAGAGUAUUUCUGGUCUACUGCGAGCGCUUGGAUGUACCAGACAGUGCAGGUGCUUCAGGAAUCUACUUCAUUUUGGCUGCCGCUUCGGGUGACAUCACAGCCGAUGCUGAUGUUCAGAAAUCCGCAUUGGCCGUACUUGUCCAUUGCGUCUGCGCACCUUUGGCGAGAAAGGAGCCGAAUAAUGUCAUGAAAGUAUUUAGUUCUACAAAGCGUAAUAAGCAAAAUAAUCGUUAUUGCGAAGAGUUGAUAGAGAAGGUGUGGGAAUCUGUUUGCUCCAAUAAUGGAAUCAUUAUUCUUCUAUCUUUGAUGCAAAUCAAAGCGCCGAUCACUGAUGCCGAUUGCAUUCGCGGCAUGGCGUGCCGCGCAUUGGCUGGUCUUGCGCGUUCGGAACGCGUACGCCAAAUCGUGGGCAAAUUGACACUCUUUGCAAAUGGCCAGAUUCAAACGCUUAUGCGUGACCCCAUACUUCAGGAAAAGCGCGCUGAGCACGUUUUGUUUCAAAAGUAUGCGUUGGAGUUGGUUGAACGUGUUUCGGGCAAAACUAAACCAAUUUCCAGUAAGAUGGAUCCUUCACUUGCCAAUAUUCACAAAGCAAAUGUGAUUGCACAAACCAAAAUUCAGUAUAACGAGCAACAGUUAUAUCAACUAAUACACGAUCACCUGGAAUCAAAGGGGCUUCUCCAGACCGCCCAAGUUUUGCAGAAAGAGGCCGGUUUACCGCAAACCUCUUUAAACACAACGAAAAACUUCCACCAGUCACCAUUUGAUUACAAGGUGGUGCCAUCGUCAACAGUGCGCCAGCGCUUGCGCAGCCGCAUGCAAGAUGUCAACAAUGCUAUCAACAGCCUAGCCAACGCGCCAACAAACGAACAGCAGCAGUUGAAUAAUAGCCUUACCGUAGAUGAGGUGCCGAGUAGCAGCAGUUCUGUGACACCUAUUAAAUUGGUGAAAAAAUCUGAGAAAACAUCAGCUGCACCUAACUCUACAGCCAGUACUGCCGCUAUGGCCAUUGCGAAUGCGAACGCGCAGCGCUCUUUGCAAAAACAAAUUUCCUCACUGCCAGACGAUGUGCACUCCGAGAGUGGUUCGCCAGCGCCGCAGCACAGCAACCAGACGGGCAUUACGCUCGGCACUAUCGUCACUGAGUAUCUCACCAACCAGCAUGCCUUGUGUAACAACCCGAUGACAACGUGUCCGCAGUUCGAUUUGUUCACGCCACACAAAUGUCCUGAUCCGAAGCCGAAUCGUGUGGGCGAUAAUCUUAAUCUGACUGCGCGCAUCUUCAAAGCGCAAGCGGGGUACAACACAGCACGCCUGGAUCGUCGUUAUGUGCAUUCGAACUUCGCACCUUGGCGGUCGGUGCGUUCCAAUGACUUUCCAUCCCUGCAGUUUUCCACAUGUGAAAUAGUGUCGCCGUCCAAACUACUGCUUGUUGGAACUCACCGUGGUGAAGUCAAGGCGUUCAAUCUUUCCAGUGGCGCAGAGAUUUUCUCAUCUGUCUGCCACAGCUAUGUGGUGGAUUCUAUAAAUUCCAAUCGUGCUGGCGACCUGGUACUAACGUCGUGCUCCUGGCGGUCACCACUUAGCGUGCUCUGGUCCAUUAAGCAUAACGAGUUUGCCUCAAAAUUGAGUUUUGCCGACGAUUACUAUUGUGAGUUCAACAAUUUAACGCAGGACAAAGUGCUGGGCACCCAAAAUGAUUGCGCCAUUAUUUACGACAUAAACACGGGGAAUAAGAUAUCAACAUUCACGCCGACGCUUGGUAAUCAAUAUGUAAAGAAUCGCGCCACCUUCUGCCCCACCGACGAGCUUAUUUUAUCGGAUGGUGUUCUGUGGGACGUGCGAUCCGGCAAGGAGAUUCACAAGCUCGAUAAACUGAAUCAAUGCCUCUCUGGUGUAUUCCAUCCUAACGGUUUGGAGAUUAUUUCAAACACCGAAGUCUGGGAUCUGCGCACAUUCCACCUUCUUCAGACUGUGCCUGUUCUAGAUCAAUGCUUCCUUAAAUUUUCGCCGAUGCGCGUAAUAUACAGCUACAAUGCGGAGGCUUCCGAUGAGCGCAUAGAUGCCAUGCUGGAAGAGUUGCCCGCCUGCGAGACCAGUUUCAAGGUGCUUGACGCUUACGACUACUCCUCAAUAUCGACAAUCGAUGUACGACGCGGCAUCUACGACAUGAGUAUCAACGAUAAUGGCAGUCUCAUCGCGCUAGUGGAAAACCAGCCAGCGUACGAUUCGAGACCGGAGACAUUCGUCAAAAUCUAUGCAGUGGGCAUGAAGAAGAUCGAGAAUCAAGAAGAGGAAGAUGAUGAAGAUCCUGAUUCUGAAGACGGUUCGGACAGCGAUACAACAGAUAUUUUUGAUAUUAGCGAAAACGGUCAGAUUCGUUUCCAACGCCGGCGACGUAAUCGUUCGAACGGCGAGGACGACGAUGAUGAUGAGGAUAUGGAUAGCGAUGACGACAGUGACGAUAAUGACGACAAUGACGGUGAUGAUGCCGACGAUGGCGACGAUGGCGACGACGAUGGUUGGGUGGAUAUGUCCAUUAGUGAGGACAACAACGACGAUGAUGAUAAUGAUAAUGAGCAAGCGCAACGAGAGUCGUCGUCGUCGGGAGACGAAAUUAUGGAAAUCCAUUUUCGGCCUUUUUAGAGACUGGCAUACUAUUCGUAAUUGCUAUUCAUUGCUUUUGGAGUAAACUAAACAAAAAUUAAAGGGAGAGAGAUCACUGCAAGCGCAUGCAAGCUUUCUACUGUCUGUUGAUGCGUCUAAAGUAAAUACAAUAGUAGGGCAGGUAAAAUAUGUAGUUUUUGUUUGAGCAACUAAAACAAAAUGAUUAAAAAAAAUAAUAGAAGGCAAACAAAAACCAAAAACAGUCAAAUCCGCGAAGCAGAAUUUGUUUUUAUCAAUGUGUACUAUAAGUUCGUAUUUAAUUGCAGUGUAUAGUAGUUAGACACAUCGACAUAAAGGUGAAAAUACAAAAAGAGAAGAAAACUAUAAAAAUUAAUUGAUGAUUGCUUCAACUUGAAGCUCUAUUGCAGAUGUGGAUGAUUUAAAAGAUUUAUAUAUGUAGCAAGUUACCCUGCCGUUGCGUACACGACACAUUUGCAAGAUUUACAGAAGUUUCGAAAGGAAGUUCUAAAUUAAGAAACAAAAAACUUUGAUAAGCACUUUGUAGUUUAGAAAACGAUUUGCUUAAUGUGUAAUUAAUAUUUGUUGUAGUUUGAGCAUACAAUUUUAGAAGGCAGCCACAUAUUCGCUAGAAAUCCAUUUUUCUGCAAUAGAACUGCUAGCAGUUUGAAAAGGAAGUUUCUCUCCAAAUUUCUAUUUUUAUUAGCAUAUUAAUUUUUUUUUCUUAUUAUAUCUAUGUAUGUUAUACUGUUUGUUUCAAAACACAAGUAAUUAUAUAAGACGCGUAAUAAUAUUUCAGUGUAAAAAUUGUAAUUGUCAUGCGAGUUCGCGUCAAAUUAUUACUGCAUUUCUUUUUGUAAGUACUUUAGAAAAACAACAACAAAAAAGUUAAACAUAAA